AUGGACGUGACCUCGCUUCCUCUGCUCCGCGCCGGCCCCGACGUCCUCCGCGUCGGCUGGCAGCGCGCCGACCAGGACGCCCGCCCCGUGCAUGAGGUCCAGCGCCUCGAGAUGCACCGGCGCGUGCACGGCUUCGAGGCUAAGAUGAACUCGGUCGAGCAGAUCUACGGCAAGGCCGCGGCCAUGCGCUUGCGCACUGAGAAGAUCAUGCUCGAGCAGCACGUGCGCCUGCCCGGCCUCCCGAGCUCGCGCGUCGGCCUCGACACGCUCAUGGGUAACGAUGACACCCUCGACUUUGCCGACAUCCUCAACGAGCCCCAGGAGAACCCCGAGGUGCACUUCCGCGUCCACGAUGCGAUGGAAGUCAAGCUCGCGAUCUUCUAA